UGCGCCACUCAUGAAUUGUCACCUUACUAACAAACUUAACCUAAGUUUCCUUUAACUUGUAACUGUUCUUAUAUGUGUCUAAUAUAAUACAUAUUUCUUGAAGGAUAAUUAUAUUAAACUAAAACAACAUGUCGGAGCGUAAAGUUUUAAAUAAAUAUUAUCCACCGGAUUUCGAUCCGUCGAAGAUUCCUCGUAUGAAAUUGGCCCGAAAUAGGCAAUAUACGGUACGUUUGAUGGCUCCUUUCAACAUGAGAUGUAAAACUUGUGGAGAGUAUAUUUAUAAAGGAAAGAAAUUUAAUGCUCGUAAAGAAGACGUAGAAGGUGACGACUAUUUAGGAAUACGAAUUUACAGGUUUUACAUAAAAUGCACUCGAUGCCUUCAAGAGAUAAGUUUUAAGACAGAUCCGAAGAACACAGAUUAUGAGAUCGAAGCAGGUGCUACCAGGAAUUUCAUGGCCUUAAAAUUGGCUGAAGAGCAAGCUCAGAGGGAAGAAGAUGAAGAGAAGGAAGAGGAAGCUACCAAUCCAAUGAAACUAUUAGAAAAAAGAACAUUACAAUCGAAACAAGAAUUAGAAUUAUUAGAAUCCUUAGAAGAAUUAAAAGAUCUUAAUCGCAGACAGCAAGCAAUUGACUAUGAUCAAAUGUUAGAACAAUUUGAUACAGAGACAGCUAAGCAAAGGACAGAAAAGGAACAAGAAGAGUAUGAUGAAGAAUGCAUUAAAUCGAUAUUUGGUAAGAAGACUAUUGUGGAGGAAGAAAUUGUUGAACUAGAUGAACAAGAAACUAGUGAACCACCAAGGAAAAUAAUCAAAACAAAAGAAGAUAAGAAAGAAAAUAGAAAAGAAAUUAACAAUACCGUGUCAACAACAGAUACAAUAACGGUAGAUAAAGAUAAGGUGAAUAGCAAACCAAGUGCAAAGUCAUCUAACUCGUCAUGGUCUGAAAGUGUGGGUACAUCGUCAAAUAAAAAGAAUUUGUUGGGUAUAGUUAAAAGGAAAACAAAUAUAGGUAUUAAAACAAACACAGAAAAGCAAAAAACUGAAAUUGUCACAAAAGAUGAAACAAAUCCUUCAAGUAAAGAAAGUAAUAGUAGUGCAAGUGUAAAUACGUCCGAAAGUACAAGUAACGCAAUAAGCAAUACCAACAGUGGGCUCUCCUUAUUGGGAGCAUACUCUGGCAGCAGUGAAAAUGAUAGUGAUUAACGUACAGUACUGUAAAUAUAAUUUAAGUUCAUCCAAUUUAUUAUAAAAUAAAAUGUAUAAACACAA